AUGCCCGUAUCAAACGAUGAUUACGCUCAAUAUGCUGACCUAGUAAAGUACGUACAUGGAGGUGAUUGGCAUUCCACGGGAAGCUUUCUUAACCAACAUCCACAGGCAAUAAACGAAAAGAUUUCAUCCUAUAACUGGACGGCCCUUCAUAUGGCGACUCGAGCUGGAAAAGUGGAGAUUGUGGGAAAUUUGGUAGAGUUAAUGUCUACACAAGCCUUGGCGAUACAGGAUUCUAAUGGUAACACAGCCCUUCACCUAGCUGCUGUAGCGGGAAUCACAAAAAUGUCCAGGUACAUGGUCGAAAAGAAUGAAGAAACGAGAUCGCUUGCCAUUGUAAAUAACAAGGGAUAUUUACCACUAACAAUGGCUUGUGCAAAUGGGCAUAGGGAUGCCACUGUCUAUCUUUCCUCAAAAACUCCUUUCGAACUGCUAUCUAUUCAAAAUCCCCAUGGGUCUCUACUCCUCCAAUGUUCUAUAUCAAACAAAAUGCCAGGUAAGAGGUUUCAUACUUCAUCCUCUUAUUCGCACACGCGAGCAAGAUUGCAUUCUUGGUAA